UCCUUUUUCAAAUGCAACUAGCUGAUCGGAGGUCAUCCGAAACGCGACCUUCACUUGGUUGGCUGCUAAUUCAGAAACCUGGCGGCUACUUUAGAAAGUGGUUUUGGUUUCGUCACAAACACUCUGCUUCUUUUUCCUUCGCAUUUCACUUUGUUCUGUUAUUUACUACAGUAAUAACCUGUUCAGAGGAACUGCUGAAUAGUGUCAUCGGGCAGAAAGCGGUCAACACUUCGCUGAACACAGCAGGAUAGCUGACAAAGGAUCACUGCAAUUGCCCUCUUUUAUGUAGGUUUCAAUGCUAUGAAAUUUAUAUAAACAAGAAAGAUGAAAUUAUUCUGGAAAGCAUUUAGUGUAUUUCAUCGACUUUUUGAUAUUGUUGUGCAUUUUUUGUUCAAAAUCACAUAUUUUGGAAAGAGGGAUGAAUUGCCUCCAAUCAAUAAUCUACUGCUUCUUGAACCAGCUACUAAUUUAGCCACAAAAAUCAGAAGAAAGAAGCUUAAGAGUGUUGAUCUAGUCAAUCUAUACAUUUCACGUAUUCAAGAAGUCAAUCCAAGCAUCAAUGCUGCUGUUAAUUUCCGAUUUGAUAAAGCUUUAGAAGAAGCGGAGCUCAUUGAUGAAUUCAUUGCUAGUGAUCAAAGGACAGAAGAAGAGCUGGAACGAGAAAUGCCUUUUCUUGGAGUGCCAUUGUCAGUGAAAGAACUUAUUGCAGUAGAAGGAAUGCCCUUUACUGCAGGACUUGUAGCUCGAAAGAAUAUUAAAGCACCUUGCAAUGCUGAAACAGUAAAACUAAUGAAAGCAGCUGGUGCUAUUCCAUUGGUAACAACAAAUAUCAGUGAACUGGGCAUGUGGUAUGAAUCUUACAACCGUGUCUAUGGACGAACCUGUAACCCUUAUGAUACAAAUCGCAGUCCAGGUGGUAGUAGCGGAGGUGAAGGUGCUCUUAUUGGAAGUGCAGGUUCAGUUAUAGGAAUUGGUUCUGAUAUUGGUGGAAGUAUUCGGAUACCAGCAUUAUUUAAUGGUGUCUUUGGUCACAAACCUACUCCUGAAGUUGUAUCAAAUUAUGGCUCAUAUCCACCAUCUGGGGAAAGAGAGUUUGUUCCCUGUCUGAGUGUUGGCCCUCUUUGCAGAUAUGCUACAGAUUUGACUCCCAUGAUGAAAGUUAUGGCAGGAAAAAAUGCAGCUCUUUUACAUUUAGAAUUGCCUGUCAAAUUGAAAGAGCUGAAAAUAUACUAUGUUGAAGAUGUAGGAAAUCAUGUAAUGUUCACAAAGGUUGAGCCUGAUAUGCUAAAUGCAUUGCAUAAGGUUCUCAAUCACUUUAACAAUGCCUAUAAAAUAGUGCCUAAGAAGCUUGAGUUACCCACUCUAAAAUACAUGUAUCUUAUGUGGGCAUCUUUCCUGUCUAAUUGCAAAGCUCCGACAUUUUCUGAUGAACUAGCUGAAAGGAAAGGCACAAUUCACUUUAAACUGGAAUUUCUUCAGUGGAUAUUAGGACAAUCCAGAUUCACAUUCCCUGCCAUAAUGCUUGGCAUGACUGAAAAAACUGUGAUCGAAGGAAGUCACAAAUAUUUGAGGAUGCUUGAAGAUCUUAAAAGAGAACUGAUAAAAACUAUUGGUGAUGAUGGGAUAUUAUUAUUCCCGACUCAUCCCACAGUUGCUCCUCAUCACAAUGAAGCCAUCGUUAGGCCUUUCAAUUUUUCAUACACAGGCAUCUUCAAUGUACUUGGUUUCCCAGUCACACACUGCCCACUUGGUUUAGGAAAAGAAAACUUGCCAGUUGGAGUGCAAGUAGUUGCAACUCCUUACAAUGAUCGGAUAACAUUAGCUGUUGCUGUGGAAUUGGAGAAAGUAUUUGGUGGGUGGAUCUCUCCAUCAAAAAUUGUAGAAUGAAUUUUGUGUAAUCUAGUUACAAAUUUUGUUAAAAGUACAAAAUUCUUAUUUUUUUUUGUUUUGUUUUGUUUUGCUCCCUGCAUCUCUGAAUGUUUUUAUUAUCUGGAGUUUGUGAGAGUUUUAUUUUUUAAAAAUAAAUAUGCAGGAAUUUCAUAAUUGGGUUGAAAAUAGAAAAUACAGUGUUUAAAAAUAUUUCAUUCCGAUUGAAUUACAAGAAUUCUUAUUUAAAAUGAGAAAAGAAUAUGAAUGAAAAUAAAUACUUAAUUUUAAUGUGUAAUGAAUUUUAUGCAAAUUUAUCUCUGAUUUUGUAAUCGAUAUUUUAUUCCUGUAUUGAUAAAUUUGAACUUAUAUAAAAUUCCAAUUUCGAUUAUUGGAAAAUACUUUCUUGGG